UGCUGGACAUACGAUUACGGAGUACAGUACUGUACACGACAGAACAUUCCCGCCACCAGGGAAAACAAUGUCGUCGACCCCUCGUCACUCCGGUGGUGGUGGCUCCCGGCGAGGUUCGGGCGUGAUCCAGCCCGAGAGACGUCGAAGCUCCAUCCACCAGAACGCAGAGAGCGAAGCCGCUCUCGCAAAACUGGGCUACGUCAGCGAACUACCGAGGAACCUGAGCAUGAUGUCCAUCCUGGGCCUCUCGUUCGCCAUCAUGGCCGUACCCUUUGGUCUGAGCACGACCCUGUACAUCACCCUGACCGACGGUCAGUCGGUGACCGUCUUGUACGGGUGGUUGUUUGUGUCGUUGAUAUCUCUGGCCAUAGCCUCGUCCCUGGCCGAGAUAUGUUCUGUAUAUCCUACCGCGGGCGGAGUUUAUUACUGGUCCGCCAUGCUCAGCACCAAGAAAUGGGCCCCCAUGGUGUCCUACAUCGACGGCUGGCUGACCCUCAUCGGCAACUGGACCGUGACCCUGUCCAUCAACUUCAGCGGGGGUCAACUCGUCCUCUCGGCCAUCACUCUCUGGGACGAGGGUUUCGUGCCCAACGCCUACCAGACCGUGCUGAUGUUCUGGGCCGUCAUGUUGACGUGCAUGCUGGUCAACGUCUUUGCGGCUCGCUACCUCGACCUGAUCAACAAGAUCUGUAUCUAUUGGACCUCGGCCUCGGUCGUCAUCAUCCUCGUGACUUUGCUGUCCAUGGCCGACCACCGCCGAAGCGGCGCCUUUGUGUUUUCCCACUUUGACGCGUCGGCCAGCGGUUGGCCCAGCGGGUGGGCGUUUUUCGUCGGACUCCUCCAAGCGGCAUACACCCUCACGGGUUACGGCAUGGUGGCGGCCAUGUGCGAGGAGGUGCAGCGGCCCGAGCGGGAGGUCCCCAAGGCCAUGGUCCUGUCGGUCGCGGCCGCCGGCGUCACCGGGGUCAUCUACCUGAUCCCCAUCCUCUUCGUGCUCCCCGACGUUUCGAUCCUCCUGAACGUCGCCAACGGUCAACCCAUCGGCCUGCUGUUCAAGACCGUCACCGGUUCCGCCGCCGGCGGGUUCGGUCUGUUGUUUUUGAUCCUGGGCAUUCUCUUCUUCGCGGGGACGGGAGCCCUGACGGCCGCCUCUCGUUGCACCUACGCCUUCGCCCGCGACGGGGCCAUCCCGGGUUCCCGAAUCUGGUCCCGGGUCGACCGACGGUUCGACAUACCCCUCUGGGCUCUGUUCUUGUCCACCGUCGUCGACUGCCUCCUCGGUCUCAUCUACUUCGGAUCCACCGCCGCCUUCAACGCCUUCACCGGGGUCGCCACCAUCUGCCUGAGCACGAGCUACGGGAUCCCCAUCCUGGUCAACGUCGUGAGAGGCCGCCGGGCCACCCGACACGCGAGGUUCAGCCUCGGCCACCGUUUCGGCUUCUUCGUCAACGUCGCCACCCUCUGCUGGAUCGCUUUGGCCGUCAUCCUGUUUUGCAUGCCAGUCGCCAUCCCCGUCACCCCGACCAGCAUGAACUACGCCUCCGUCGUCUUCGCCGGCUUCUCGGGCGUCGCCGUCACCUGGUACUUUGUGAGUGCAAGAAAGACCUUCACCGGUCCGCCCGUGCCGAGUGACGCCGGGCCGCCGGAAACGGAAGAGGGGCUUGCCGUGUCUUCUACGCACUGCGAGAAGCCGCCGCCGGCCGACGUCGUCGAGGACGGACCGACAAAUGAUAUUAAACCCAUGGUUGUUGACGAGCCCAAGACCAUUUGA